UAUAAAAAUAUCCUUUCACAAUCUUGAUUUCUUCGUGAAAAACAGAAAAAGGUUAAACAGCUUAAAAGUCACUAAGCGCUACGAGCAACAAAAAUGAAUGCGUUUUUAGAAUCCUCAACCGAAGCCACGCCAGAUCACGAUGAGGGUCACCAAACAAAGUUGGUUAACCAAAAACAAUGGGAGCUGGGCUACUUGAAGCGGAAAUGCCGCAAUCUCGAACUGGAGCAGUACUAUAUGUCCUAUAUGAAUCGGCUGCGUUUAAGUCAUCUCGGAUUGUUCAUAUUCAUACUAAUACUUAUAGCGAUCGUGCAUUCCUUGCUGAUUAUAAUCACGUUUCCUAAAAAUGAGAACCGCGACAUCUAUUUGGAUAUCGGCAUUUAUAUGGGCUGCACUUUGAUCAUACUGAUUGUGUUGCUAUUUAAUUUUCGCUUGACGCUCAACAAACGCUACGAAUGGUUGACAUUCAGCUCGAUAUGGUUAGCGAUUUCCACGCUCGUCAUAAUGGAUAUCUCCAUACCAAUCUACCGCGCCGUGAAAGACUACAGCAUCAUCGUGCCCACCUACUACAGUUUCAUCAUCUACGCCACUUACAUUUUCAUGCCAAUCACCGAAGAUGUGCACGCCUUCGUGCUCGGCGUGUCUGUUUCCUUUUGCUAUAUGAUACUAUUCUUAUUCGUCACUUAUCGUCGUCGUUUGGAUGGCUCGCGUGAAAUGGAUGUGCCGAAGAUCGUUUCCGAAGCUAUAUUUAUGGCUUGUGUCAAUUUGCUCGGCUUGUUCUUUCGGCUGACGCGUGAGGUGGCCAUUCGUACAACAUUUCUCGAUAAACGUCAAUGUGUCGAGGAGACUUUGGUGCUGCGUGCUGCGCGUGAUCAGGAGAAAAGUCUACUUUUGAGCAUAAUUCCAGCGCAGAUUGCUAAUAAAAUCGAAGAGGAUGUGAAAAUGCGUAUUGAACAUUUGAAGGAAAGCAAGAAAAAUCGACGAUCCACGCACGAUGGCGUAAGUUCCACACCGACUCCUCUAUGGCGGCAAAUGGAUACAGAAAAACUCUUUAUUGAACCACAUGAUGAUGUCUCGAUUUUAUAUGCGGACGUUGUCAACUACACUUACUUAACGACGACGUUGGAUGUGAAGACCUUAGUGGAGACGUUGCACGAUUUAUUCGUCAAGUUCGACACAGCAUCACAGGAAUACGAUGUGCUGCGCAUUAAGUUCUUGGGCGACUGUUAUUACUGCGUUGCGGGCGUACCGUUACCAAACGAAUAUCACGCCAGAUCCUGUGUAUAUCUCGGCCUGCGCAUGAUCAAGGAUAUACGUGAUGUGCGAUCGAAGCGCAAGUUGGAUAUUGAUAUGCGUAUCGGCGUGCAUUCGGGCAAUAUACUCUCGGGCGUGAUCGGCGCCAAUAAAUGGCAAUUCGAUAUCUGGUCCAAAGAUGUGGAUAUAGCCAAUCGUUUGGAGUCCACAGGCGAAGCUGGACGCGUGCAUGUUAGUGGCCAAACCUUACAACAGCUCGAUGGCGAGUUCAUUUACGAGGAGGGCACGGCGAAGGCGCGUGACGAUCCGGUGUUGCGUAAAUACGACAUUCAUUCGUUUCUUAUAAAGCCGCCGUCUUCGCGAGUAACAUCAUUCAUUACGAUGCGACGUCCACCCUCGUCGCUGCGUAAAAAUCUGGAGCCCAAACCGGCAGCGGACCCAAGAUAUGAAGUAUCGACGAAUUUCAUGCAGAACAGCAUAAGUCAAUAUAAUCAAAUUCGCAAUCAAGCCACAUUGGAGAUGAGUCGUGAGGUGGAUAAAAUGCCUAUUGGACGCAUACAGGUCUCCAAACUAUGCUUUGGCCACGAAAAACGUUUAACGCAAGACGAAAUGGAGGGACAAAUAUUUCGCAGCAAUACAACCUCAAUCUGUUUGUUCUUCAAAGAUUGGCGCUGGGAGCUGAUGUUCAUGAAGCAGCCGGAUUUUAUGCUCAAGUACAGUGUGCUCGUUUCCUAUAUAACGCUCGUGUGCGCCAUUGUCAUGCAGGCCGUCAAUUCAACACCCACAGAAGCCUUUUGGGUGCUGGUGUCGGUUGGCAAUGUCUUAAUGCUGCUGCUGCUGGCUUUGGUUUGGUACAAAAAACUCUGGAUAAUGUUUAUUAGUGAAACGGAAUUAUCAAGGCCAAAGCAAAGGUUCAGCAAAUGGCUCUACAAACUCUCCGAUGGCAUACAAAGCAAUAUGCUGGUGCGCAGCUGCAUCUACUUGGUGGUGAUUAUACUGCAUUCAACCGGCAUCCUCUUGCAAUUGUUAGACUGCAAUAAGAGUGCUGCUGUGGGCGAAGCUAUUUUGGGCACAACAAGAAACGAGACCACCUGCUUCAAUGCUUGGGCCGUCACCGAGUGCUUUAUGCUCAGCAUUUGCAUCACCUUCCUCUUCACGCGCAUUCCAUUCGUCCUCAAGGCGAGUGUCGGCAUUGUGACGUUGGUCUUCUAUACCAUCGUUGUAACCUUGUCGUAUAGCUACGUUUAUGGCCAAAGUCUGAGCACGAAUGAUACACUUUAUCCUGAGUAUUCGCAUAUAUUUGUGAUGUGCAUUUCGGUGGGCAUAUUCCAUUUGAUGGACAGACAAACGGAAUUCAUUGCGAAAGUGGACUAUAACUGGAAACGUCAAUUGCUCAAGAAACAGGACGAUGCCAAAUUCACAAACGAAACCAUUUCCAUUCUCAUCAAUAAUAUACUGCCAUCACAUGUCGCCGAUAUUUACAUGUCGCGUCAAAUGACGAAUGAACUUUACUACGAGGAAUAUGAUAAUGUUGCCGUUAUGUUUGCCACAAUACGAAAUUACGACACCGAACAAGUCGGCAUACGAGUUUUAAAUGAGAUUAUUUGUGAUUUCGAUGAAGUGCUGAGCACUUACACAGGAAAGAGGAAGGUGGAAAAGAUCAAAGUCGCGGGCUGGACUUAUAUGGCAGCUUGUGGCUUGGAUCCGAAACGUUCGGAGCACCGGAAAACGCAGACAGCCUACCGCAGCUCCUCACUGCUGCCCAACGGACGCAGGAGUCAUUAUUCAAGUCGGCAGCUUGAUAUCGAUGAAGAAGCGCAGAUUGGCGAUGAUGAUCAGCCCACAACCAGCAGACACGCCGACGUUCAGUCCAUAAGACUGCAGGAAUAUGAGGGCCAUAACAAGAAGGCUUACAAAUCGGAGGAUUAUAACGAUGUGGUCUUUGUAAUGCUGCAGUUUGCUUUGGAACUGAUGCGCACAAUGAAGUGCUUCAACAUCGAGAACCUGCAGUGCGAAGCUGAUGAUGAGGACUGCGGCGCUUUGCGUAUUGGCAUCUCCAAUGGUCCCGUUAUGGCUGGCGUGGUGGGCUCUUACAAACCGCAUUACGACAUCUGGGGCAAUGCAGUGAAUAUGGCCUCGCGUAUGGACUCAACCGGCAUAGCCGGUGCCAUACAAGUCACACAGAAUACCGCCAAAAUAUUGGAAUCGUAUAACGUUAAGUGCACGUAUCGUGGGCUGACCUUCGUUAAGGGGCGUGGUCAUAUCCCUACAUAUUUUGUUAAUGUCGAUGAGUCGCUGCACUUCGUAAAGAUUCGGGAGGAGAACGAUGUGGACGAGGAGACUACGAGUAAUUUGGAUUACGAAAGUGUCAGCUGCUAGAUUUAAGGAUGUCGAAAAUAGUUUUAAGUUAUUUUGUUAUGUGUGUACUUGAAGUAUUAAGUAUAAGUAUUCUUUUGUUUUAGAAUGUG